CUCCUAUUGAAAUGGCAAUUUAAGAUUCCAUUUAAGUAUUCAAAAUAUAGGAUUCAAAAAGGAUUCAAGGGUACAUGGACAAGCUAAGUGUUUGGCAAGGUAAUGGCAAGUGGAAUUCAGGAGACCCCCGUGUUAUGGCUGUUCAGAUACUAAAAAAAUCAUCAACAAGCUGUUCUACGCUUUGAAAUCCUGUGCCUUCAAAAUUAGCAUGGAAGCAAUCCAGUUGACUAUACUGGCACUACUGGUAAAUGGCCUGAAGGGUUCAAACACCACGGACCACGAGUCAGCAGCAGGAUUAAGUCCAACAAUUGUGACUGCAUCAUCAUCGCUUCAAGACUCAAGUACCCCAAUAUCUCCAACUUUUUGGACAACCACAAGUAUGUCAAACACAAGCAGACUGCCAAAUGAACUUUCCAACUCCACUUCUGAUUUGAUGAAUACAUCUUCCACAACUUCACAAAUGAUAGUUUCAUCGGAGCCAUCUAUUUCAAGCUCAGCCCCUCAGUCAACUUCAACUAUUAAGUUUGCGACAACUCCACCAGUGAUGAGUAAGUCAACCACGAGGAAACAAACCACCAAUAACCACGAUAGCAGCUUGAAUGCAAGCAUGAUCAUUGCUUGCAUCAUCGGUGCACUAUUGCUGCUUCUGGUGGUCAGCAUAAUUGCUAUUCUCUUGGUGAAGAGAUUCUUAGGACCAAAUACAGUGCAGGACGUCUCAUGGGCAGGGACUUGCCCAGGUCCAACUGGUGAAGAUCCUGAGCAGAUAGUUGAAGGCUGUGAUCUUAGUCCUGCUCCAGCGAAACGUCCCUCACUCACCACUUUUCUAUCCAGAAAGUCAAAACGUGAUUCCUUACUGGAUCAAUAUAACAUGGAGGUGCAGGAGGCUGAAGGGAUCAACAAUUUAGCUUCAACUGAGACAGAAGAAAAGACACUGUCUGAAGUCAAAAAUGAUAAUGAAACAGAAAAAGAACCACUAACUUUAACUAAAACACCAAGUCAAGAAUUCCCACCACUGCUUGAGGAACAGGCUCCUCCGAAUGAAGGUGACCAACAAGCUCAACCACCUGCAAUGGAUACAGAGACUUCAAGGUUAACGCAAGGGGUCCCUGAUGCAGUUUCAACCACUGAUGAUUUUCCUCCUCCACCAAUGGAUAUUCUGGAUCUUGUGAAUGAUUCUGAUUUGCCUCCACCUCUCUGAGUAAAGGUCUGAAGUACCAGAUGUUUGCUUUAGCUCUCAUGAGCGUAAAAGUAAGGUGCAUUGAAGGCAGCCCAGAGUAGGCUAUUCUGAAGCCAUGAGUACAAGCUGGCUUUCUGCAGCAAAUGCUUCUGUGUAUCAGCAUAUGCACACCAUAUUUUAAAAUUAGACAUGAUAAAAUUAUCCAUUAUGCCUGAAGUGCAAAACACUGCAUCUUACCAAUAUGCAAAUUAGCUGCGGGUUCAUGAACACAGGCGCAACAUUUGCUCUGCAUUGCAACCUCAUUGUUGCACUUCUCCUUUUGGUUUAAUUAAAUGGAUAGAUAAACAGGGUUUGUAAAUUUUUUUUGAUUUUCAAAGAUUGAAGACUAUUCUUUCAAUUUUUAUUUCACUCCCACCUCCCAGUACACAUGGUGAAGAAUCUUGAUAUGCUUUAUUUUGUUUUUAUUACCUGGUCACCAAUUCCUACUUCAGCAGUCAUCCCAUGUACAGUCUGUAAUUGAAGUUGUCAACCAUAGUACUACAGCAAAUGCAGCAUUUCCUCUAUUUAGAUGGCAAAGCAAUUUUAAGGCUACAAAUGAAAAAUAAAACACUUUGCUUACA